AUGGCCUUGUCCCAUUUCAGUCACUUCCUCCUCAAACAGAAGUUCAGCUGUAGACAAAGGCAGGACCCUGGUGCCCAGGACUCCCCAGGCUCCUCUGGAGUGAAGGUCAUCGCCAUUCUCAUUGUCUUUGUCUCCUGCAUGACGACCCCCACCCUCAGCAGCUUCUGGCAGUUCCAGAGGAUGGUCAAGCAUGUCACAGGGCGGAGUGCCUUCUUCUCUUAUUAUGGCUAUGGCUGCUACUGUGGGCUUGGAGGCAAAGGGGUCCCUGUGGACGACACUGACAGGUGUGCCCAUGACUGCUGCUACAAGAAGCUGAAGGAGCUUGGCUGCCAGCCCUUGUUGAACAACUACCAGUUCCACAUCAUCAAUGGGACUGUGGUCUGUGAGUGCACCCUAGGAUGAGAAGGGGCCCUCAAUGACCCUGUGUGUCUCUGCAGGUUGGAGGCCUGCGAGUGUGACAAGAGAUCCGUGUAAUGCUUCAAAGAGAGCCUGGCCACCUAUGAGAAAAACUUCAAGCAGCUCUUCUCCAGCCGGCCGCAGUGCAGCGGACAUAAGCACCAGUGCUAGGGAGGCCACUGCCUCUCGAUGCUCACUUUUCCAGGAAGCCACCUCCAGCUGUCCCUGAUGGGCUCCCGUUCUUGUAGCUUCCCCUUCAACAUUGCCACCACCUCAGGUGCACCCCUUGCUCCACAUCUGAGGCCUAGAGCUCAGAAACGGAGAAGCACUCAUGCUCUGCGGAGGGAGACAGAACACAAAUAUCUGCUAAAUAAAUGAUACUUUCCACACUAAGUGCUAGGAAGCAAUAGAACAAAGCAAUGGGGUUGAGAGACGCCCUCAACCACCCUUCCAGGAAGAUUCUAGUAUGAGAGAAGCCCCUGGAUCUACCCCAAACUCUCCUCCUCUCCCACCCCAAAUCAAGAUUUGGAACAGACUUGGGAGCCCGGCCCAUGACACAGAUCUGGCUGGGAACAAAGUAGAGAUCUGAGAGACACUCUUGGAGUUUGGCACUUAUUUGCUCAAAGUCUGCCCUCUAAACCCACAGGUAGGAAAACAUUGAUGGUGAUUUCAUGUCACAGGAGAUAGGGCACCACAAGGAAAUUAGCACCCACCACUGCCAUGUGGCCUUCCUGGCUGGUGCUGCACUCAUCAGUGGAUUCAUCUGUUGAUGGGUUCAGGAGCUGAUCCUGCUGUUAGGAGGUGGGGCCUGGUUGGAGCUGGGUCACUGGGUUGUGAACUGGAAGGGCUUGUUCUGUUCUGGGCUCCUCCCUUCUCCUGCUUCCUGGCUGCCAUGGGUUGAAUACCUCUCCUCCACUAUGCCCUUCCACAUGUGUG